AUGACACGAGACGACCAUAGUGGCCGGCGCCUCGCGCGCGCGGGAGCGCUGGCACGUCACUAUGGUAACAAGCACGGAGUAUUCUACGUGGACGCCUCCGGCCCACACCAUGGGGGUUGGUUUACGGCCGCAGUCGUCCACCAAAACACCGCGGUGAACGGCCUUACGUUCAAAGCACAAGACAUAACACAUGCGGAAGAGGUGGCCAUCGCGCUCGCCGCCGCAGAUCAGGACUCGCGGGUCAUUAUUAGCGACUCACGAGGGGCCUCCAGGAACAUUGAAAGGGGCUUUAUUCCCUAUUUGGCGUACCGCUUACUUCAAGGCAGCAAUUAUCUUGGGGUCCCCGCGACCCGCAAGAUAGUAUGGACUCCCGCGCACAAGGGUCUCGAGGGCAGCGAAGCGGCCGACGCCGCUGCCCGCGCGCUCACUCUCCGGGCAUCGCCUUCGCCUCUCGUCGCUGCGGACUCCGACCCCAAUCCGGUAUUUACCUUCAAGGAAACCACCCAACACUACCAAUAUGGCCAUGGAAUCUUUCCUAAGCCCUGUAAGGGCCUCACGAAGGCGGAUGAGCGUUUACUCCUUCGCCUCUAUACUAAAACACUGUUGUGCCCGGCAAUCCAAAAAUAUUUCGACCCUGCGUGCACAGGGAAGUGCCCGCACUGUGAGGAAAAAUCUUCGGACAUUUUCCACAUGGUGUGGGCAUGCCAAUCAACCCCUCACCAUCCCCCUAUACCCUACCCUACCCGGGAGGACUGGGAGGCGGCCCUGCUCGGCUGCUCCGACCUGGCGAGCCAGAAGGCCCUGGUCGUCCGUGCCCGAGCCGCGGCUACAGCCAAUGUGUACCUGUAA